AUGCAAGGAUAUGAGAAGUGGAUUUAUCACGGGGAGCCUGAGGAUGCCGUCGUUGAUGUAGCAGUUGCCGAUGUUGAAUCAGAGGAUGAAAUGAUUCCUAUUUUAGAAGACUUCUUUCCCUCGACAACUGAGGAACCACAAGGAGAAGAUGAACAACCAACCACAAACCCACAAUUUGAUGACUUAUUUGAGGAAAUUGAAGCUGAAUUGUAUCCCGGUUGUGAUUGGAUUUCAUCUCUUAACUUUUUAGCAAAGCUAUUGCAUUUAAAAGUUAGGGGAAAAAUUCCUAAUAACAUCUUUGAAGAAUUAUUGAAGCUUUUAAAGUUUGCGUUUCCGAAGGAAAAUAAUAUUCCAUCAACUUACUACGAGGCAAAAAAGAGAUUGAAGAAAUUAGGCUUGGGUUAUGAUAAUAUCGAUGUCUGUUUGUAUAAUUGUUGCUUAUUUUAUAAGGAGAAUGCAUCCAAGGAGGCUUGUCCAGUUUGCGGAACUAGUCGUUGGGUUACUUCCGAGAACGGGAAAGGAAAAAAAGUUCCUUGCAAAGUCAUGCGAUACUUUCCGUUGACACCUCGACUUAAAAGAUUAUAUAGUUCGAGGAUUACAACGAAAAGCAUGAUAUGGCAUCAUACUGGAAAAUCAAAAGAUGAUGGGGUGUUGCGACACCCGGUCGAUGGUUUAGCUUGGAAAGACUUUGAUGCAAAACAUCCCGAGUUUGCAAGGGACCCAAGAAAUGUUCGACUUGGGUUAGCUGCUGAUGGAUUUAAUCCAUUUGGCAACAUGAGUCUUGCAUACAGCAUGUGGCCAGUGGUGUUGGCUAACUAUAAUCUACCACCUUGGUUAUGUAUGAAAGAUAAUUAUUUUUUACUAUCUACCCUAAUUCCAGGUGCAAAAUCUCCAGGUAAAGACAUGGAUAUAUUUUUAAGACCUUUGGUGGAUGAAUUAAAGGAGUUGUGGAAUAAUGGGGUAGCAACGAGAGAUAGUUCGACCAACUCGAUGUUCACCAUGCGUGCUGCGCUUUUGUGGACAGUGAAUGAUUUUCCUGCUUGUAGUAGCUUGUCUGGGUGGAGUGGUCAAGGUUAUAAAGCUUGCCCUACUUGUAAUGAAGACACGACGUCCAUUCGAGUGAUCGGGAAGACAUCAUAUGUUGGUCAUCGAAGGUUCUUGCCAAGUAACCAUGCAAUGAGAAGGGAUACUCGAUUUGAUGGUAAAGUUGAAAGAAGACCUCCUCCAAGACGAUUUACUUGUGAAGAAAUAUUAUCACAAGUUAAUGCUCUCGAACCCCAAAUUCCCGGACAUCAUGAAAAUUUUGGGGGCGUGAAACGUAGAAGAGUUGCAGAAAAUUAUAAUUGGAGGAAAAAAAGUAUUUUCUACGAGUUGGAGUAUUGGAGCACGAAUAUUUUAAAACACAACAUUGAUGUCAUGCAUGUUGAGAAGAAUGUGUGUGAUAGUCUCCUAGGAACCAUCUUGGAUAAUGAUAAAUCAAAGGACACAACCAAUGCGCGCCAUGAUUUAAAGAAGAUGGGUAUUAGGGAAUCGUUGUGGAUUUAUGAAGAUGGGAAUGGGAGGCUAAUGAAACCGCAUGCUCCUUAUGUUUUGACUCGUGAGAAAAGACAACUUUUUUGUCAGUUUGUUAAAGGAAUAAAGUUUCCCGAUGGUCCGGUCUUAAUGAGAUGGAUGUAUCCUUUUGAAAGGUACAUGAAAAAAUUGAAGAAUUAUGUGGGAAAUAAGGCACGUCCUGAAGGGUCAAUUGCAGAAGGUUAUGUUGCUGAUGAGGCAGUGACCUUUUGUUCAAUGUACUUUAAAGGGUGUGAAACAAGAUUUAAUCGGCUUGAUCGAAAUGAAGAUGCGCCUUCUGUUUGUCGCUAUCUCUCAGUUUUUAAUUCUCAAUCUCGUCCUUUAACUAGCGGACUUAUCAAGCCUCUUGAUCAUAUCAGUCGUGAAAAAGCUGAGUGGUACAUUCUUCAAAAUUCUCCUGAAAUCCAAGCUUACUUAGAUGAACAUUUGGACAAGAUCAGGCAUGAAUAUCCUAAUGGUAAUCACGAUGUCUUGCAUAGGCAAACUUUCCGUCCGUGGUUUCAUAAGAAGAUAUAUGAGUUGCACAAGCUUGGAACUUUACAAAAUGGUGAUGAGUUACUCGCUCUCGCUUCCGGGUCCGAUUACUUAGCAACAUUUUACGAAGGUUGUGUAGUGAAUGGUGUUCGGUUUAUUGCAUCAAAGCGAGACCAAAAGCGGAAGACACAAAAUAGUGGUGUUACUGUUGCUGGAACUGAAGGGUUUAAUUAUUACGGCACACUUGAAGAUGUAAUCACUAUAUCUUAUACUGGUGCAUAUACAGUGUCAUUGUUUGAAUGUAAAUGGUAUAACACUAAUCCAUUAAGAAAGAAGACAAUCACUGAAAAUAAUAUAACUAGUAUAAAUACUCGUGGAUAUUGGUAUCAAGAUGAACCGUACAUCCUUGCUAACCAGGCGAAGCAAGUUUUCUAUCUUGAAGAUCCACUCAGAGGUCGCUAUUGGAAGGUUGUUGAAGAUAUUAGCCAUCGACAAAUUUGGGACAUUACUGACAACGAAGAUGAGACUGAUGUAGAUGUUGUUAGUGAUUCUAACUCUGCCAAUUUUGUGUUGACGGUUGAUCUUGGAGAGUUGAUUAUGCAAUCGAAUGAACCUCCAGUAAUUGUUGAAUCGUCCGAUCAGUUAGUGGAUUCUGAGAUAGAGAAUAAUGAACUUGAUGAAAAUUAUGUUGCUGAAGAAGUAGAUGAUUUACUAGUUGAACAUGUGGAGGAUGAAAAUGUAAACUUAGUGAAUGAUGGAAAUGAUAGUGAUUCUUCAGUGUAA